CCGAGGCACGGAGAGGACAGGUUUGGGGUGUAAGCAUCGGUUGUUUUUGGGACUACUACAAGUCAGGUCAGCAAAGUUUUGCGUGCAGGAUUUUUGACAAGAAGGCAACAAUAUGACCGCAACAGAGGAAUAAACGACUUUUGUUGUUGUUGUUUCAAGGGGUAUUUUUUUAAAAUUUAUUUAUUCUUUGCUUUUUGAUAUUCUUGUUGCCAAGACAUGCGACGGUGGAUUUGUACACGUGUUGGAUUAUCAUGACCGCGUCGUCGCAUCACCACCGGGCUCUCUUUCAAAUUGGGGAUAUUUAACACACACAAAAGGCAUCUUUUUCCCAUGCAGACUUGAAUCAUGCUUUACAAAAUCCUCGCUUUAAUUUUCUUACAAGGUGUGUUGAAGUGUGAUGCAUGGGUCCUAUCCGAGGUCAGUCCCGGAGGUGUGUCGCGCCCCAGCAUGGAGCUGAGCUCCGGCAGAGUCGCGUCUCUAAAGAAGUCUGACGCGACGGAAUCAAAGUCCAGAUCGAAGCGCUGCACCUGCUAUUCCUACAAGGAUAAAGAGUGCAUAUAUUACUGCCAUUUGGACAUCAUCUGGAUCAAUACUCCUGAACGCACUGUACCCUAUGGAAUGUCAAGCUACCAAGGAGCCCAGCGAAUCCGUCGUGCUGUGGUUGAACGGUCCAGUGAACACAAGCAGCAAAACUCCCAGCGCUGCAUUUGUGCUACUCUCAAUGCAGACCCAGAGUGCCAUCACUUUUGUCAGCCGAGUUCCCUUCAAACUGGGCCAAAACCAGCUCUUCACAGAGUCCCAGGGCCUGGCUGACUGUUGGAUUCCUCUUAAUUUCCUGCUGGUUUUUUUCAAGGAGUGGAUCUUUCCCUAGCCUUCAGCCCAAUCAUUCUGUGUUUGGCACACUUGCUACCACAGAUACACUCGCAUUGAAAGGAAGAACUUUUGAGAUUGACAGUGCCGACAUUCCUGAGCAUCAUAACUCUGGGAGCAAGUUCCGUCAGGCUGAGCGGUUUUGAGAACAUUGCAGCAAAUUCGAUACAGUUCUCCAGUUGCUGUUCUCUUUUUUUGUUCUCUCCUGAGUGGCCUCGGGAUUUAAUUCACCUUGAAAACAUCUUGUGACCUUAUGCCACAUUUGGUCCGACUUCUUCUUUGUAUACAUAUAUGCCAACAUAUUGUGGAAAAAAGUUGACUCUUUCCAAAAACAAAGAGGUGAGCUGCAUUCGUUCAAAAAAACACAUGGACGUCUUUUCUACUUAUAGUAGAUGGGGGGGGAACAAAAUGUGAGUUGUGGACGAAAGUACUGAAGCAAGGAACAAAUACAUAAUAAAGGACAUUAAUAAUAACAAUAAUUAGGCACACAUAUAUAAUUGUGUUUUGUAUUUUUUUUUUUUUUUUUUUUUUUUUUACAGAAAUAAUAUAAAACAGUAUAUAUAAAACUAUAUGAAUCAUAUUGUGUAAAAUGUGCUCUGUUCUGCUCUGUAACACAAACUCUAACCCAAGUGUAAUAUGAUGUUAUUUCACCUGCCAAAACCGUAUUUUUCGGAUUAUAAGUCGCACCUGAGUAUAAGUUGCACCAGCCAUAAAACGCCCAACGAAGAGGAAAAAAAACAUAUAUAAAUCGCACCGGAGUAUAAGUCGCAUUUUUGGGGGAAAUUUACUUGAUAAAAAUCCAACACAUAGAAAAGAUUUGUCAUCAUGAAAGGCAAUUUAAAGAAAAAAAAUACAAUAGAGAACAACAUGCUGAAUAAGUGUACAAUAUGAUAAUGUUACAUGAUGCAUGAACAACGAAAUGCGAAUGUGGCCGGUAUGUUAACGUAAAAUCGCUAUUAAGAGUUAUUCAGAUAACUAUAGCAUCAAGAACAUGCUAACAAGUUUACCAAACCAUCAAUGUCACUCCGAAACACCAAAAUAAGAUGUGAAAUGAUCUAAUAAUGUGUUAAUAAUUUCACACAUAAAUCGCUCCAGAGUAUAAGCCGCACCCCCAGCCAAACUAUGAAAAAAAUUGAGACUUACAGUCCGAAAAAUACGGUAAAUUAUAUCUGAGAUGUAUUUGAGGCUUCAGUUGGGCUAGGAAGAAAUAUUCUGAAAAAUAAAAGAAGAUUAUAUACAGUGCCUUGCAAAAGUAU